AUGGCGCAGCGAGAGGUGGAGCGUGCCGCCCUGGCCACAGAGAGAGCGCAGCUUACCAUGGCUUGGCGCGUUUUCGACUCCCGCCUUGCCAUGGAGGACGAGCAGCACGCCAUGGAGGAGGGCCGGAAGGCCUUAGAGGAGGCCCGCGCGGAGGCUGCCUACGGGCGCCACCGAGGUUCAAGAAGCGCCGGCGCCGGCGCCAGCACCCGAGCCAAGCCAACCGGCGGAGCCAGGGCAAGCAGACACGGCGAUGGAGGCGGGGACAGCGGAAGCGGCAGCCGUGUCGGGCCAGCGGACGCGGCGGCCGAGGUAGGGAUGGCAGAAGCGGCGGCUGUGUCGGGGCCAGCAGACGCGGCGGCCGAGGCUCGUGGGGAACCCAGCGCCCAACCGGCGCCCGGCCAGCCUGCCGACCCCCUCCCGGUUGCGAUCGAGAGUGUCCGGGUGACGGUCGAGCGGCUGGGCGCGGCGGUGGACGGGGAGGUGGCACAGCUUGUGGCGGAGCGCGCCACGCUGGCCACGGAGAGGGCACAGCCUACGACUGCUUGGCGCGCCUUCGAAUCUCGCCUCGUCACGGUGCGCACCGCCAACGAGGAGGAACAAAGUGCCAUGAAGGAGGCCCGCGCGGAGGCCGCGCGGGAGAGGAAGUUUUUGGAGGACACCCGUGCGGAAGUUGCGCGGGAGCGGGAGGUUUUGGAGAACACCCGUGCAGAAGUUGCGCGGGAGCUGGAAGACGCCGCCUGCCUGGAGGAGGCGUCGCGGCAGCAGGUGAAGCUGGCCGCCGGCCAUGCACCCGACGCCAGCUCUUCUGGCACGGUCGGGGGCCAGGGGCUCGAGGAACAGCUGCGGGUCGCGAAGGAGCAGCUCGAGGCUGCCUUUGUCGCGCGGGCCAGCCUACAACAUAUGUUGGAGGACACACUCCGGCAGAUGCGGCGGUCCAUGGUGAGGGCCGGCCUUGGGCGACUCGUCGUGGAGACAAAGGGCGACGGUCCCGGCCGAUUCGUCCUGGGAUUCCAGCAGGAAUUCAGUUUACCAGAUGGUAACAUCGAGGAGUCUGCACUCUCCAACAUUCAAGCACGGAUCGCCUCAUUCUUAAUGACUGAAGUCGUAUCUUCGAAAGAGAAGAUGGUUGCCAAAUCCUGA